AUUAAUUAACUUUAAUAGCAAGUGGCUUGAACCCAUCAUAAAGCAUUGAUUACUUUGAUGAAUGCGCAACCAACAACAUGACCAUGUUAGUCAACAUACCACUAUCUCCAAUAAAGCAAAUUAAAGAAAACAAAAGAGAAGAACAAAGAAAAAAGCAAAGGAAAAGUAAAACAUAACCCACAAUAAACACAAGAAGAAGAAAAAACAAACUAAAGUAUCCUCUUCCUUUAUUUCUUAUCAUCUGUUCCCUUUUUUCUAUCUGAUACAACCACAGUCCCAUGUAUAAUAAGAGGAUUUUGGACGACGAAACAUUGGUUCCGGUAAGUAAUCCAAGAACUUUGGUACCAUAUAUGAGCACUAGGGAUUGUUCUCAAGGAUUUUGCAGUUUUUACUGCCCACAAUGGUGUUACAUAAUUUUCCCUCCACCACCCCAAUUUGACUUACCUGAUGAUGAUGAUGAUUCUAGUCCUAAUUUCUCUCCUCUGGUUAUCGCGAUCAUCGGAAUUCUUGCUAGUGCUUUCCUGUUAGUUAGCUACUAUACUAUAAUAUCAAAGUACUGUGGAAAUUCAAGAAGAAGGGGAAGUCAUCAUCAAGAAGAAUCAGAAUUAGAAGAGGAGGAUCAUGACCCUUCAAAUCAUGAGGCAUGGAAUGUUAAUGCUGGUGGUGGUUUAGAUGAAGCAUUGAUCAAGUCUAUUAGAGUGUUUAAGUUCAAGAAAUGUGAUGGAUUAUUGACUGAAGGAACUGAUUGUUCUGUUUGUUUAAGUGAAUUUCAAGAAGAUGAGAGUCUUAGGCUUUUGCCUAAAUGUAGCCAUGCUUUUCAUGUAAUGUGCAUUGAUACAUGGCUUAAAUCUCACUCCAGUUGCCCGUUAUGUCGAUCUCAGAUUACUUCUUCUAAUGCUCCGCCUCUUCCAUUACCUCCUCCGGUAAUGGAAGCCCCGCGAGAGAUUGAAACAACUCCACCAAUCCAACCGGAACGUGACAUAGAAAUGGGCAUCAGAGUAGAGGAAACACGAGACGAAGAAGAUGUAAACCAUAUGAAUCAAGAAGGUAGGAGGAGAUCAUUAUCUAUGGAUUAUAUAUCUCAACGUCGUUUAUCAAUAGCUGAUGUACUAAGAAUUGAUCACGAUGAGUUUCAUGAUUGUGUAACGGGAGAAGAUUGCGAGUUGCAAAGAGAUGUUGGAACAUCAAAACAAGAAAAUAAUGGUGAAGAAAUGAGCAAGGGUGGAAUUAGAAACAAUUCAUUAGUACAAUAUUGUCCUAUGAUGAUGAAGAGAUCAUUGUCUAGUGGGAGAUUCUUGUUUACAAAAUGUGGGAGAGGACAAAACAUGGUCACUACUUUAUCAAAUGUUUGAAUAUUUUUAUGUCAAUUUUUAGGAGGAUUUUUGUGUAUGCUAUUCAACAACAGAGUUUAUUAAACAUGAUGAGUUUGAAAGUUUAUUUUUUCUUCCUCUUAGAAUUUGAGUUUUUUUGUUCCCUUUUCA